AUGGGGUCAACGCAAUUCGGGAACUUCCACGACUUCUGUCGCGACUCAACCCUGCCCGUGUGCAAUGUACGUGAAACCCGCGAUGUGGAUGUGGAGGUGGAUGCGGAUCUUUUCUCCAAUGCGACAACGAACGCGUGCGAGUUGACGGGUAUCCCGCUGACUGGAGAGGAUAGAUACCUUCGAAACUUAGGUUCGAUUCUACUGGCUUUCAUUGCCAUCGUGUUGACCGUGGGCAUGAUAUGGAGGUCGGAUAAGAAGCACGCGGCUGUUGGGCGACGGGAGAUGCAAUUAUUCCUACUGGGAUACAUCAUCAUUGAGAUUUGCGAGAUUUUCACCGUGGGCGGCUUCCCAUUGAACGAUGCGGUGCGAAAGGGUUUCUCGGCGGUCCAUAUCGCGGCCAUUACUUCGACGUGCUGGGUUCUUCUCAUGAACGCGCUUGUGGGCUUCCAGCUUCUCGACGACGGUACCCCAGCAUCUCUCGGCUUGAUUUGCGCAUCGGCGGCUGCGCUGUUCAUUGGCACCGGUUAUAUCGCCCUGGACACCGGCUUCGAUUGGACCGGACAUUUCCAGUCGAGUCACGAGGCCCCGAAUCGAAACAUCGCCCUCUACGUGCUAUACCAACUCGUCCCGCUCAUCUGUGUGGUGUUCUACUACGUUUUGGAAAGUGUGCUGGUUCUUCGGAUCUUGGGCGAAUUCCGGCCAAUGCUGUAUCUCACUGGUGCCGCAUUGCUCUUUGCAAUUGGACAAAUCUUCAACUAUGUGAUCAGCACCCACCUGUGCAGUGCCACGAGUGGCAAGAUCAACGGUGCUUUGUUCGAGACCCUCUUCACUCUUCUCGCCGUUUCUGGGAUCUGGACCUUUUGGAGCAGCAUCACGGAAGAUGACUGGCCCCUCCCUGUGGGUGGUGGUGGUUAUAACAACUGA